GAGGCCAACCGGAAUCAGUCCCCCGGACGAGGAGAUUAAAUCCCGCGAUAAAGGAGCUUCCAAGCCGCGACGCGCCGUCGGAAUACGUUCUGAGGUAGCCGGAGUGUUAUAUACUAGAUGGCGGAAUCGUGAGAGUAGCUGUAAAACUCGACUAAAACAAAAAAACCUUGAAUGAAAUGAACUGGUUAUUCGACGCUGGCGAAAAGGAAACGCGAAGGGAAAGAAAAAAGAAGCAAAAAAUGACGAGGAAAAAAAAAGUAUCAUAAAGAGAAGUACCGUGGAAAGUUCGUGUCGGUGGGUUAUUCUUCUGGGUCACGUGACGGACGGUCCAGGAUUGGACCGGGAGGCGGCCAGGGAAGAUCCUUCACGGGCCAGGUAUAAAAGAGCCCCCGACACGCUGCAAAGGCACACUGCUCCACUGUGCUUACUACAGCUCGGAAACAGCUCCUCCGUUCUAGCAUUCAGGAUGUUGAAGUUCGCCGCCGUCCUCCUUCUGGCCGUCGCCGUCUCGGCCGUGCCCCUCAAGUUCAACCCACAGGGUGACCUGGACACCGCUGCCCAGACCUUCCACGCCGUCCAUGCCGCCGACGACUUCAGCCAGCCAACCCCGUAUUCUUACAAGCACGAGACCACCGGCGAGGACGGCGCCGUGACCGUGCACGAGGAGAGCGGCGACGGCCAGGGCCGCGUCAGUGGCAGCUACAGCUUCUCGCUUCCCGACGGUCGCCAGAGGACCGUGCGUUACACCGCCGACGAGACCGGAUUCCACCCCGAGCUCACCACCAACGAGCAGGGCACCGAGUCCAACAGCCCGGCUGACUCGUCCUUCAGCUCCAGCGCUCUGCCAGGACCAGACGCCGCUCACGCCGCCGAGCCAGAGAGGCUUCGUCAGCUCGGUGCCGGAGGCUUCAAGUCCAAGGCAUAAGCAGACCGCCCGAUGAGCUACGCCCACGGCGAAGCUGACCCGGGAUCCUUCGCUCUCCGAUGACCUGGUGCGUCGAGCGACGGCCUCUAUCCCCCGACUGUUCCUCUGCUGCUCUACCCGCAGUGAACUCGAGAUUCGAAAACUGCCGAAGUAUCAGCAACCUUAAAAGAAGAAAUAGUUAACGAAACGAGUGUCGGACGACGUGUGGCCGGAUGCUCCGAAUUACGAAACAUCUUGUUUUGUUUAUUAUUUAUGCUAGCUGUAGAUACGCGCGGCUUCUGUUCUUCGGACGCUCGUUCGGAUUGCGGCAGCGUAAAUUUCUCGGGUUACCUCUAGCUCUUUGUAUUUCUUUAACACCCUGAUUUGGCGCGGGAUAUCGCUCAAGUAGGACACGGGGGAAACAUAGAGACCGCGUUUAUACUGGGUUACGCGGGGGGACGAACUGCUUCUUCGGUCGCUUCUUCGGUAAGCGUUCACCGUCACGAACUCACCGAUUUGACCAGGACUGUCACGAAGCCAGAACAAUGAAGAACGAAUGUAACCUGUCACGUGUCUGUCUUGUCUGUUUUAGUUCUAACUGGGUCUCAUCUUUUUUUUUUUUUUUUUCCUUCACCUUCCUUUCGGGGAGUUUGUUGCGGAACACGUGGUCUUCGAGACACUUCCCAAGACGCUCCUCGUCUCCGCUCGCUUGCUCACUGCAGCGUCUGCGCCGGCGCUCUCUUUUACUCACUGCGGUUCCGAGCCUCUGGAACUCAAGUACCCAAGCUUUAAAUUAACUUUGCGAGCUAACCUACACUGUACAAAGGCGAUAACAUAGUUUGAAAUCCACGCUGUGCGUUACACUGAUGGUUGUGAAUCACUUGUCUUUGUGUGCCACGGUCUGACGGGGUGGAGGCACUACUUAUAACAUUCCUUCUCUCCUAGCUGACACUUUCCGUUUCAUGUGCUGUGCAUGUAACAUAUUUGUUGUGUCCCAUGUCCCUUUCCUUUCACUUUUGUGUCUUCUUGUCAAUUCCUUGUACUGGCCUCGUGAACUCGACAAUAAAAUAACGAAGCAAUACUGUUUGGAACAGCA